AUGGAGCCUUUUUCUCCUAUCGAACCAUUCAAAGAUGCCUUCCUUGGUCCUCAGGUCGAAAUCAAUGAACUACCUUCCAAUCUGCGACGUGCCAAUACAGUGGCCCCAGGAACUAUAAAAAGAAAUCUAGAGUUGAAAGCAGCUCGUGAAAGGACAGCAACGGGGGUACCUGUCAAGGGGAGUCAUGAAUUAUUAGGCAAACUACAACGAUCCCAAACACAUCGCCCACUAGUGGCGCGUCCACCCGGAAGGAAAGCAGGUCAUUUCACAGUUCGAAGUGUCGGCCAAAAUGGCAAGAUCUUCCUCAGACCAAUUGCCAAUCCACAAGGCCCACACCCUGCACCCUUCCCCAUCGACUCGAAACCAAAUCUUCUUCAGCCGCGUCAUGCACCUACCCGCGACGACCCGUCCAGGUGGUCCAGCUCCCAGCUCGAAGAGCUACGCCCGCGUGUACACCCCAACCCCAACCCCGACCCCGUCUUCUCCGACUUCCCUCCUCCCGACCUUUCGAGUACGCACCGCGCAAGACCGAAUUCAUUUUCCACUCUCGAGGAACAGCAAUCCACCGCCGGGCCUGGAAAACGUGGGGAGUUGCGUAUCGUGAUCGAUAGAUCCGAGGACCGUCCGAGGUCUGCAGAUGAGAGUUCUACCCUGGAGGCUCCCACUCCUCACUUUCGCUUCGGCACGCCGCGUUUCAAUGAAGGUGCAAUGAUGCAGACUUCGGUCUAUACGCGAACCUCCCUAGCGGACAACUUUCGGAAUUCCACCCUGCUCGGUGGCAUGGCGGACCCUUUGCCGGGUCUUCAUAGUCCCUAUGUGCGUGAUUCCUUCUCACGGCACCGCCCGUCUUUUGCGAUUUCUAUGUUUUCGGGCACGGCUGCGGCUAUUGAUAUGAGCCGCGCUUCGCCUGUUCCGCGAAAUUCAAUGGUUUAUGAAUUGAAAGAGCCGGUUGAGCCGUCGAUCUAUGAAACGCUGGUCUAUGAUAUGGAUGAUGGAUCUGUGGUGCGAUACAUUCCCGGCACGAAGGAUAUCAGUGCGGCCACGCCGGCCCGAAUUGUUGCGCAAAUCUCUUCCGAGUCCUUCAUGGACUAUGAGUUGGUCUCGGACUUCUUCUUGACAUUCCGGUCAUACCUGUCCACUUCCCAUCUUUUGGCUCUUCUUCUGGCGCGGUUGAAAUGGGCUAUCAAUCGGUUACAGGAUGAUGGGCGCAUUAUUAGGAUCCGCACAUUCGCUGCUUUGCGCCAUUGGAUUCUUAAUUAUUUUGUUGAUGACUUUGUCACGAAUUACGAACUAAGGAAUCACUUUUGUGAUACCAUUAACGAGCUUUAUUCAGAGGUCAGGUCGAGGGAGAAUGGCGGUACGAGUGAUCGCAAGAUUCUCAUUGAUUUGAAGCGGUGCUGGAACGGAAAAUGUUCCGUUUACUGGGCUUCGCCAGACUUGUCGCGGUCGUACAACGAUCCGGAAACUCCAAUUGUCCCUGGAAACAUUCAGAUUGAUAUACCCAAAACCGAAGAGCUGCAACAGAACAUCCCCCUUCCUGGCUUGACCCCAACUGCAGAUACCACGUUUCGUGAAAAUCUUCCUUUCUCUACUCAGCAUGAUCGGAACGUUUCUGCUGCAACCGCACAGAGCAUUCCACUGUCCACCAAAAGCGAGCAAAGCAUGAUGGCGCUAUCAUGUUCACUGCCCCCCAAAUCCCCAAAGCGCUUUUCCAUGUCAGCCUCGAAAGGCAAGGCGAACCGCCCGGUGGUAUUGGCUUCCACAAAACCCAAGUCUCCAUCCAGGUCUCACGAACAACCUAUGUCACCCGGAUCUCGGUACCCAUACCACGGCCACGCACACAAGAGAAGUGGAAGCUUCUCGGACUCGGCGCGAGACGAUCGACUACCGAUGUUUGCAAUGGAACCAGAAUUGGGACCCGCGCCACAGGAGAUGUUGGAUCCCGUCAGCUUGAUUCGCGGAGAGUUGUAUCCUCCUGCGGAGUCAUACAUGACAAUGAUGGCACCGGACUCGCCUCCUCUUCCUCCCCCGUCGAAAAACACAAACCCUGAUCGUCGAAGCACGCCAUAUGUACCAAAAUCCGCGCCCAACUCGGGUGUGAGAACUAUCAUCGGCUCGAUCAAGCGCGCGUUGCAUACAAGGAACGGGGGACAGAGCGUCUCUGCUCGCAUUGCGAAUGCCCACGAGGCCUUUUCUUUGCCUUCUCGUGGAAAGACAUCCGCUUUGCCAAGUGGCAUGGCGUUCGGUUCUGAGUUUUAUCGGGAGAGAAAGAUGGCCGCUGUUCCCAAACGCCCGGCUAGAAUUGAUCUUCUUUGUGACGAGGUCCUAAAACAAUACCGCCUGGCUAUGAAUAAGGAAGAAUCCACGGCGCAGGAUCGGCCGGCUGCAUCAGGGCUUCAAAAGGACCUUCAGGAGCCUGCAUCUCACUCCGCUCAUCUUUUGCCCAUGCACAACCCCCCUCAGGCCGAGUCCAAAAUCCAAAGUGGUAUCACCAUGGGCAGCGGGUCCAUCGUCAUUGUGGAUGACACUGGCUUUGAAAUGCCUUUCAUGACAGGAGCAGCGCAGGAUCCAAUGCCAGAAAAUAAUGAUAGUGUCUAUCCAACAUCUGAAUUCCGUGUGCCAGAGGACGCCGCUUCGAUGCAAACGAUACCAGUGGAAGGGGAAUAUCUCCGACCAGUUUGUUACAAAGCCGAAGACUCUGGAAGAGCACAUCUGUCAAAUGUGUUCUUCCCACCUCGUUCUCCCACCCCACAGCGAUCCUCCUCUGUGGAACGUGUAACAACGCCCGUGAAAAAGAAGAACUCUCUGUCUCUUCGACUCAGAAAGUACGCAUCAUUUCAAAGCGGCAUCUCGCGAACUCGGUAUUCGAUGAACAGCGAAUCCACCGUCGGAUCCACCCUGACGCAAGAUCAAAAUAGACAACAAUCGGGCCCGUUUCUUCGCAGGCGCCGAGGCGGAAACCUGCGUCAAAUGCAGACUGGAGAUGAAUACGAACAUCCUUUAGGUCGAGACUCAUUUGCAUCCUGGGAUGAUUCGAUUGCAGAUGGGACGGCCUCCUCUGAGGGUGUCUCCAGGCCUCCUUCGACUCUGAUUCCACCAAACCCCCGGUACUCGCUCGUUCAGCCACGUAAUUCUCGACAUAUUAGACGCUCCUUUGAGUCGGUCAUUGCGAAAUUUGCGCAGAUUCCAGAUGACGAUGACGGUGGCAUUGAAUCUACACUAUUAAAGCUGGAGGGAAAGUGGGAGGGUCCAUCCAAUGCCGAUAGAGACUCUAAAUUUGUGCAACCAGGUGGAUCUAAUUCCAAUCGGGAACAGCCAUUGGUUCUUUGUGGACUUGAAACAGCCAAGCCUGACUGGGAUGUUCUCUCGCGCAGGCGGCAGACGGAUAAGUCUGCUUAUUCCACAGUCGGGGGUCGACUAGCCCCCCCGAGACCAUAUUCUGAUUCUGUGGCCGAGUCUGACGAGUCCUAUAAUUCUACUCCACUCCUCGAGAGAGGAUUGACCGAUGAGUCUAUGAAAUGGCAACCAACCAGCAAUCCAGUUCAGUAUGAUUUGAACGGUGCUCCGCUCAGUCUCAUAUCCAGCCGUGAUACUUCUGACUUGGUCUCAUCACAUCCCUCAAUUCAAAUUGUCCACGAAACUGAUAGCAUCCGUCGCAUUCCUCCUGGCUCAACCAUUCCCGCUUCUCACGAGGCUGGUCAGGUUACUCUGACACGUUUGUCGGCUCUGUCGUCUGAUAACUCGGUUGAUUUGAUUGAUCCUCGUGAAUCUAUGGGUCCACGACAAUCUACAGACACCCGCAGUUUCGGCUCAUCAGCUGUUGAAAUUCCGCCUCAUCCUCUAGCGCACCCUCCCUCUCCGCCAAUGACCAUCCAGCACCCUGGAUCUUUCACUUCCUGCGUCUCACCACUCAACACAGUCUUGUUCCAGGCUCAGCCUCCGACACCCGACACAUCCCCCAGACACAAAGAAGCAGCAACAGCUUCGCGACCUUUUAACAUCCAGCAGGUUUCCAGCGAUGUUUUAUUUAACUCAGAAAACAACCCCCACGACCAAAUUCCUACCAAAUUCGUCCCCGACCACGUGCCCUUCGUUCUCGCCUGCGAAUCAAUCGUCCUGGCACAACAACUGACUCUAAUCGAAAUGGCCGCGCUCAGCGAAAUCGACUGGCGAGACCUCGUCGAGAUGAGAUGGAGCAGCGCCUGCCCCUUGGUCACAAAUUGGGUUGAGUUUCUGACAUACGAAGAACGAAAAGGUAUCGACUUGGUCGUUGGCCGCUUCAAUCUGAUGGUGAAAUGGAUAUUAUCUGAGAUUGUCUUAACUCGUGAUAUUCACGAACGUGCUCGCACAAUCAUCAAAUUCAUCCAUACAGCUGCUCAUGCCCGCCGUAUCUGCAAUUACUCCACAAUGCUCCAGAUCGCUAUUGCCCUCUCUUCGUCGGAUUGCUCCCGCCUGCAAAGUACUUGGCAGCUCAUUCCGAUGGAGGAUAAGCGCUUGUUCAAGGAUAUGGAGUGUUUGAUUCAGCCAGUGCGCAAUUUCAAUGAUUUGCGUGUUGAGAUGGAGACCGCUAAUUUGCAGGAAGGAUGCAUUCCCUUCAUCGGUCUGUACGUCCACGACCUCACUUACAACGCCCAGAAACCCGCCCAAGUUAACAGCAAUGACGGCGGUCUCCUGGUGAACUUCGAGCGCUAUCGCACAGCAGCCCGCAUCGUCAAGAGUCUUCUCCGUCUCAUCGACGCCAGCACGAAAUACAGAUUCGAGCCCGUGCAGGGCAUCGUCGAGCGGUGCUUGUGGAUUGCUUGUCUUCCUGAAGAGGAGAUUUCCGCUCGCAGCAAAGCGCUCGAAUGA